AUGAGUGAAGACUGUCUGGUAUUGGGCAUGAAAUGGGUUAAAGAAAACAUUCAUUUGUUUGGCGGAGAUAAGGAUCGGAUAACCAUUUUUGGUGAGAGCGCCGGGAGUUGGUCGGUGUCGGCACACGUACUCUCCCCACUAUCAAAGGGCAUGUUUAAGAGGGCUAUUAUGGAGAGCGGGGCCAAUAUGUACAACAAGGACAGGGAUGUGGUCAACAAAACGGAAGCCAUAUCUUAUGGUAAAACUAUUGCCAAACAAUUGAAAUGCAAUGAAAGCGAGGAUUGGUUACAAUGUCUGCGAAGAGCGGACGCCAAAGAUAUACUCAAAUACGAGAACCCUAUCGGUUCAUACCCGGUGUUUGGCACAGAAUUUCUGCCCAUUCGUACGCAACUAGCCUUUAAUGAAAAGAAAUUCAAUACAGAUAUUGAUUUAGUCGCUGGCAUUACACACGAUGAGGGCUCAGUGUUUAUUAGAUUGCUUAUCAGAGACCUUAAUAAUGUUACCCUGGCUGACUUUCACAACGGAGUAAAUGCUUUCGAAUCAGUUGGUUAUCAUAACGUGAAUGUGCAGAAAGUGACGGAACAUUACUUGAAAGGUGUCAACACUAGCGAUAGUCAGUCACUUCGCACGGCUUUUAGUGCACUAAUGGGAGACUUAAUACUCGGUUGUCCGACAUAUCUGUUCGCCAAACGGUUCGCACAAACUGUCAAAGAGUCGCAAAGGGUUUACUUUUACGAGUUGUUGUACGCGAGUAAAUGGUUUGCCAAACUAGGUGGUUGCGAUUUAACAACUAUGGGCAUUUGUCAUGGUAUGGAUGUAGUCUAUGUGUUUGGUUUACCACUACUUUACCCUGAUCAAGAUAUUGAAGAUAUUUGGUACAGUAAUGUUGUGAUGAAAAUGUGGACAAAGUUUGCAGCAGAUGGUCAUAUGGACUCUGAUUGGCCGCAACUGUUAAACGAUGAGCCGAUGGGUGCGCCCAAAGUCCACGGUUUGGAUCCCAAAGACCUGAGCCUAGUAUUGAAAGACCCGUUUCAUGAAACUUGUGAUGGCGUGUGGGCCGACUACUUCCUAUAACAAUUGGC